GACAGCUAUGGCGGGCGACGAAGAGAUCGUGAACAUGAGGGAGCCGGCCUAUACUUUCGCCAGCAUCUAUGAGAUCGAUGUUAGGGACAAACACGGCCAAAAAGUUUCCAUGAGUAAAUACAGAGACAAGGUUCUUUUGAUCGUCAAUGUCGCCACAAAAUCGGCGUGUGCUUCAAGCAUGUACAAGGAGCUCAACGAGCUCCACGUAAAAUACGUGGACGAAGGUUCUUUUGAUCUUGUGUUUCUUUCUCUGGGAUCCUCCAAACUAUAGCUUCGAUUGCAGUCGUGAUUCGCCAGGGCUAGAGAUUUUGGCAUUCCCGUGCAACCAAUUCGCUGCGCAAGAGCCACUCAGGACGGAAUAUCUUCAAGAGACAG